CAGAGCCCAUGGCUGAAAAAAACACCAACAUGGAGUGGGGCCUCUCGCGCGAAUAUCUUGCCGUUAUCCUGACGUAUCUCGUUGCUCUUCGAACUUUCGGAAACUACCUCAAUUCCUCUUCCCAGUGGAUCGAGUUAACGAAAAAAUGCCUUCUUCUCGGGUCGGGAAUGAAAGGAUUUAUGUUUUCAGUGUCUCGAGCAAGGUGUCAUUCAAUACGGUUUGGUGUACCAAAAAAGGGCGCUUAUAGGGUGUGUGAUUUUCUCAUUCGCUCGUCACCGAGUGGUCGGCAGUCCAACGCAAGCCACGAUGGCGAACGCACAAGAAUCGCAUGAAGGAACGGGCUUGUACACUCGAUUUUAGCCGUUCUCUGAACGAAGAAACAUUCCAUUUAUCUUUAUGGAGGAAAUACAAACUAAACCUAGUGUUUUGAAGUUCGAAACGAGCAGUUUCAACGCAAGUACGUGCAAGCAUUGUUUGUAUAAACUAGUCGUACGGAAAAUUGUAUGCAUAUUUUAGCGGUCCUUUCACGUCUGGAUCUUGCUCAACAGGAAACUUUUCUUCGUCAUACAAAAACGUCGAAAUGGGUAUUUCGCUUCAAUUUCGAAGGCCAUCUUGUUGUGUUUAGGGAAUGGCGGAGAAAUCAAGUAAUUUUCCCUAUUUGGGAUAUUGAAAAUCAUUUAAAUUUGCGAUUAAUAUUCGAUAGGUCUUGUCGUUUCUAAUUUUUCGGAAAUUUAUUCCUUUCGUUGUAGAUGUCGAUGCCAAGAAAGAGCAAGCAAAGACGGCAAACGUUAUGUUUGAGGGAAAGAACAUUCAUUCUUCGCCGUUGGAUGGAAAACUUCUUUGUAGCUACAGUGAAAAGCUUUGUAAGCAAAGAAGGUUAAAUGGCUACGCGUUUUGUAUUCGACAUGUGUUAGAGGAUAAAAACGCUCCGUUUAAACAAUGUCAGUUUGUGGCAAAAUACAACGGACAUCAGUGUACAAAUCCUAUACCGUCUGCCGAGGAUCGAAUGUGAGUUUGUAAUUUUGUUUUCUUUGCUUUUCCCCCUUUGUGAAUAUCAUUCUCCUCUUGAUCGCUUCCGCGCUUCACUUUGAUGUUCAAAGCGAUGGUGAUAAUGCUUUUGAUGAUAAAUCGCUUUGAAUUUUCGUUCUAACUCAUGCUUUAUGUUCUUGUUACCUUUUCAGAUACUGCAAUAGUCAUUUACAAGUUUUAGGAAUCGUUCCCAAGAAGAAUCGACGAAAAAAACCUGGCGAAGGAGUCGAGUGCGAGGCGAAAUCAUCUUCUUCGACAACAGAAUGUAAAGCAAGGACAGAUGUUUUGGCGACUCCAGCAUCGACAAACAUGUCUUCGAUCCCCACUCUAUUUCCUUAUCGUUCAAAAAAGCCUAAAAAUCAACCGCCGAAGAAAAAUUACGCAAAUAGUCCAGCGAUUGAAGAGUUGAGAGAGAGUAGGAGAAAAUGGCAGAAAGACAGAGCGGAUUUAUUCAAGAUUUAUGGUAAGGAUUUUUACAGAAAUUUUGAGUCUUUGUGCUUUUAAUAGAAGCUUAAAGCGAUUUCGUGUUUUUGUGCACAAUACAUGUACUUCGUGGCACCUCGAUGAUCUAAAGCAUGAACUAUCGAGUUACAACAACAAGAAUUUAAAUUUCCGUGAGUAGGUCUUUACUGUUCUGUAUAAAACGCUUUGUCCAAAAAUACGAUACAGUUUUGUUUUCACCAUUUCGUUUUCCUUAUGGAAUCUAUUGGCGUCGACCUUUUUUUCUCGUAGAUGAACGAGAUUCAAACCUCAAUUGAUAGUCAAUCGAUCGUGUUACUCUCUAGUUUGGGAAAGAAAAUUACAAAAAUCUCGUGUCAUGUUAUAGUUUCACAAUUUUACAGAAAAUGUUUUGAUCAGUGGUAUAUCCACCAGUUUUCCUGCCACGUUACCCGAUUUAAAUCAGACGAAGUUUUUGGUGGCAGAGUUUCUAAUUUUCCAAAUUUAUUAUGGUGUGAUCCAUUCCUAUUUAUUUGAAAAAAGUUCAGUAGUGAUUGUCACGAGAUCACCUAAGUUUUAAAGUGAAAGUAUCGUGUCGGUCAGGUUUAAAAAAUACCUGACAUCAUGUGAUUUAAGCUCAGUAAAGAUAGAUGUUUCUGGAAGUUAGGUACAGAACAAUUUCACCAAACAUCUGCUGGCUGGAAUGAUUACAACUGAAAAUUUUUAAUUUCUCAGAGAAGUACAGUUCACAGGGUGUUAAUUUAACAAGUUAAGAGGUUUCAUCAGAAGUCUGGUGUGGCUUGACUAUCUCACUAUGUACACUUGAAUAAAAAGCUGUUAUAUAAAUUUUCCGACAUAAUUAAUACCUUUGAAUAGGUUAUCUAGGAGCUUUUAAAGUUUUGGUCCAUUUCCCUUUUAUCACCUUGGAAACAUCUUUUGAGUUUAGCCGUCUUAUUUCUACAAGUGUACAAUCAAUUGAUAAAUUCCAAUUUGGAUAGUAAUGUACAGUUUUUGCUGGGUGAUAUUGAUGGAAAUUGGUUGUGGGAUAUACAGUUACAGUAAAACACAAAUUCUUCAUAGUUUAGGAAAAGAAAAUGAUCCCAGUGGGUCUGGAACAUUUAUAUGAUACAGACACUUGGACAUUAGCACAUUUAACCCAAGCAAUGGUAUGAAUGAAAGUUUCCAGAAUUUGUAGAGUAUUUUGCUUUAAACAGCUGGAAAUUUUCACCUUGAUUUGAACAUAUUUUUUGUAACCAGAGAAUUCUCACCAGUGAAUCCACUUGAAAGGUGCACCUUGCAGUGGAAACAAACAAACUAAAUGUUAUUCACACAGUAACAAAGAUGUGAAGUUAAACACAGGCAUGCUGUUAUGACUGUAAUGGUGUGAAAGGAGUCUAUUUCAUUAAAGGCUCUUGGUAAUGCAGUAGCUCUCAGCUGGCAAACUUGUGAUUCAAUUUGAGUAUGUUCUCUGAGAUCAAUAUGAUAGUUUUGACCGUAAAAACUGUUCAUUCUUCCUUACAAAUAGAGGGAAUAAGUUUCGAAAGAAAUUGUGGAGCGGGGCCAACUGAGUUGGUAAUGUAAAUUGGCCACAGAAAGAGUUUCUUAAGCUAAUGAUUUCAGCGUUAACCAAUUGUCGGAGUGAAUUCUGCAUUUUGGCUACCUUUUGGUAUUGUUAGUUUGAAUUUUUGUGUCUAAGAGAGAAUUGUGAUGCAAUUAACCUGGUCCAUGUUAUUCAAUGCAAUGAUCUAUGGCUAUUUUAUGCCUUAGUUCUGUUUGGCUUACAGUCAUUUUACACCACAUCAACUCAAGAUUUCCAGAAUACAACAGCCUUCCUUUUUAAUGUUUUUCCUAAGCCAAUCACCAUUAAGGCAGGGCCAGUAACAAUUGAUUGUGAUAAAGAUUUCCUCACAAAUAUAUUUAACUUUAUCAUUCAUCUUCAAAUCAUAAAAAAUGCUAGUUUCUGUCUAGGCAGGUAGGCUUUUGUGGAGAGGAGAAAAGGGACUCGUUAAUCCAUUUUAAUCUGAUUACACUAAAGUUAAAGUUCAUAGUUAAUCCAGUGCAUAUUUGGUUUCCAGUCAUUAGCAGGAGAAUUGUGCAUGUGAGUGGCAGAAUUCUUUGAUCUCUGUAAACUCCCUGCAAGUAAUGCUUCUAAGUUUUAAUGCAAGUGUAUUUUUGUCGUCAGAUAUUGAGAGUUCUGAUGGUGACAGUUCCAGUGAAGGUGAUGAUAUGCCCUGGCAGCAAAUGUGGCUCUCUUCUGAUAGUGAUCUUGAUUAUGAAGCUCUCAGAAAAGAAAACAACUGGUUAGUCAGCUUGUCUUGUUUUUUUUUUUCUGACAGUUGAGAGUGUUUGCCAUGUCAGGUAGCAACGGAAACACAUUGCAAAUAAUUAUGCCACCAGUGUAGCAUCUUUUGUGCCACAAUAACUGAUUGAUUGUGCCCCAAAUUAUUGAUGGUUUUCUAAGGAGGGUAUUUUUCUAAAGAGUUGCAAUCCUAUGCACUUGUUGCUAUUCAUCAAUAGUUGGAAAGGAAGUAUUGAUGGAUCUUAAAAUUAAAAAUUUUAAAAAAAAAAUUAUCUUCCCUUAGAAGGUCUCAAUCCUUUCACUGCCCAGGAAGGCAAAUUAGAAAUUUCUCCUUUAAAUAUCAUAACAUUUUCAAGCAGAAAGGUUAUAAGAAGAAAGAAAAUAGCAACCAAAGGGUCUUGUCUGACUUAACAGUACAUUUUCAGAGCUGAAGCAAUAAGGAAUGAAUUGCAUUAUGUAUGAAGACUUUAGUUUUAGAUCUUGGUAGGGUUUAGAAGGGUAUUUGGAAAAAAAAAAAUUCAUGCAUGAAAUUAUUGUUGUUGUUUUUUCAUCAAAAAUAAUUCUGCCUCCGAGUUGAUCUAAGAAAUAGUGGUUUCUUCAAAUUUAUGUUACCCAAUUUCUUGUUAGCCUUCAUGCUGAUAUUAGAACUGCUAAGAUUUCAAGACUGAGCAGCCAGCUACGACGACAACUUCACCAACUGAGGAGAACACUGCGAACUCGGCGUCAUCAAUACAAAGAUAUGAUGGCAUCUGGUAAUGUUCUGGUUAAGGCUGUUCAGAGUAACAGUUCAGCCUGUGUGGAUUCUCUUCUGGAAAAUAGCAAGAAGAUGCGGAAAACAAGGUGGGAUGUUUCACAAAAUUAGAAGAAAUGAAUUCCCUGCAUUUCAUGUUACCUGGUGAAUUUACCCCAGAUAUGGAGCUAUGAUCUGGAAGAUGUGGUUACUCCAUAGAUUUAGAAGUCAGGGUCUAAACCCUUGUUUGGUCUUGGUGUUGUGUUCUUGGGCAAGACUCUUCCCCCUCAAAUUGCCUUCCUCAUGUAAAGGAUUAUAAAUGUCAGAUGAACAGAUGAACCUGUCAUGGAUCAGCUUCGUAUUUUAGAGGAAAGGGGGGGGGGGUAAUACUCAAUGGCUCCAUGUCUUUGAAACAGGAAUAAUGCUUGGUCACGCAGGUCACUUAUUUCUAGAUUAGAGGUAAUCUUUCUAGUCGCACCUCGAUCAUCCAGGCUUGGGGGAAUGGGCUGAAUAGUCCAGAUAAGCAAGAGUCUGGAUAAUUGAAUAUUUGUAUAUUAUUGAGUCGUAAAUAAAGCAGAAUAAGUAGCAUUCAAUCAACUUUUCACGAAAAUUAAAGGGAAUUCUCUAAUCAUGUGUGUCUUGCCCAAAAUCUGCCAAAGUCUUAGGAAAAAUGUCUCACAACAACAACAUUUUACAGCUUAAAAUGAUCUAGCAUUAAAGGUGCAUUAAUGGAAUAGUGCCCAAUUGUUUCAGUUCAUCUGCUUUGUUUCACUGGAAAAAAAUUGUUACAGAUCUCAAAUGCAACUAAUUGAUAUUCAGGAGAAAAUUGGACCUGAUAGUCAAGGUUCAACUAUACUAAGCUAUAACAAAAAUAAGAGAGUUGGAGAAGCAAAGUUAACCCUUAAACCCCAUUAAAUUUAACAUGAAUUUCUUUUCUCCAUAGACCCAGACCUGCUAGAUGUCAUGUGAAAACUUGUGCAUUCACUCAAGAUGACAUUCAAUGUAAGAAGAAAGCCUUCCCAUACACCAAAUUCUGCAGGGAUCGUAUCCUUUCCACAUAUUUACUGUUGGCCUUGAGAGAAAUUUUGAGAAAAAAAUGGUAGGAUUGGCAAUUGCUAAGGGCCAUGUUAUGCAGAAAUGGGUGCUACAAUUUGAUAGUUCCCUAUAGUUUGAUAAUCAGACUACUCUGUAUGAAAGUUGCAACUUGCUUGGCUGGCAGUCAAAUGUAUUACGCCUAUGAAAUCAUUAAUGUAGGUCAUGUGGGGGUAUAUGUAGUGGGUAUGUAAAAUUCCUUUUGCUGUCUUUCGGAAUCUACACAGCAAGUUUAAUUUUUCAAAGCAAGAAUGUAGUUGAGAUUUUCACUCAAAUUUUAGCCUAAACAUACUCUGUUACAUUUGUUAAUCAUAUUUUAGAAUCUUCUUUCUGUGGCCAUUGUGAAGGUUGAUGUUUGACAUUGGUUGUUUUGCCCCAAAACAAAAAAUAUAUUAAUCUUUUCUCUUUAGUUUGUUUCCUUAACAGAGUCAAAAUUUGUAGAUAUAAUGAAUGACUCUAUGCAAGUAUUGUAUGCCCAGUGCACUGCCAAGUGGCCUGGAGGUCUCCAAUGUUCUGUGCCAGUGUUUGAUGUCAUUCAUGAGCGUCCUCUCUGCGAUGAACAUGCCAGGAAAAAGGUUAGAAGCUGUGUCUAUUAGAACAGAAACUGGAUAUGCAGUUUACAACAAAAUUAACAGCAAGGCCAUCUUUAGUUGAAUUUGAUAAAAGAUGCUGCAACUUCAAAAUUUUUUCUUACUCCAUAAGCUGCUGUUUGUGGUUUGUUGAGAAGAAACUGUGAGCACAGUUUUCUAACUUUUACUAUAAGUAAUAGAUGCCACUUCCUAUUAUUCACCAGUGCAGUGACCCAUGCCAUAUGUUUGGAGAAAAGGAGAAAAGUUUGUAAAUCAGAAGCUGAAGGGGUGAGGUUUACAAACACUAACCUCUUAGUGGGUUAUUACUCUGGUAAACUGAUAGUGCAGUGUAUUAUAAAACACCCAUGGGUAGAAGGGUGCAUGCUUAGCAGGGCCAAACAGCUCAGAUCAAUCUGUCUGCCCUUUAUAUGUUAUGGUUUUGAAUAGGAUUGAGCUAGUAAGGCUGUAUAUGUCAUUUGUUUGUGUGUUGUAUUCAAUAUUUUAUGCUUUUCUUUUGUUGCAGGCCAAAUUUCAAGAGGCUCAAGCCCAAGCUCAAGCAGCUGCAGCAGCAGCCAAGUCCUCUCCUGGAGUAACAAAGCCUCCCCCAAAGAAGCCACGGCGGAAACCACAGCCAAAGGCCCCAUUACUUCAAAAGCUGCCCAAGCCAACUAAAAAACCAGCCAAUAGAAAACCAGCUAUGCCCAGGUCAAACAAAGCAAGAGUAGCAAAGACACCUAACAAUUCAAUAAGACCUGUUGGUUUGGACAAUUCAUUUAGUCCUGAUAAUUCAUCGGAUAUGUUAUCUCCAGAUAUCAGUUUGUCAUUGUCAUCUGACUACUCACAUGGAAGUGGACCUUCUCCUAUGUCACCUGAUCUUGAUGAGUUUCAGCAGUAUGAUUCACCUAUGUUUGAAUCGGAGCAAAGGGAGGAGAUACUCCUUGGUGGCCUUGAUAAUGAAGAAAGUGAACAUGAUAUCCUUAGUGAAAAUUUCCCUACUGUUUCCAAUGGCGAUUCUGCCAUUAAAAGUCUGUAUUCUGGAAAAGGCAAAGAAUGUGGUGUUGGACACUCUGUUCCAGCAUCAGUGAUCACACACACCCCGGGAUUGUUAAACAGUAGUGGUUUUCUUGGCACAGGUCAAGAUGAUUCUUGUUUGUCUGAAUCUGGAUCAAAGUCAUCACCACUGAAUAGCAGGAGUAAGCCAAACAAGGUCUCUAACUUACGAGACUCAAAGAAGUUAGUUAAUGCAAGUAAUGCUUCUCACACAGGCCCAAGCAUUAUAUCACCAAUCAUUCAUCAGAACAAUAUCAAAAAGGAAAAUAACAAGAUCAAAGAACUUGCCCUUAAUAAGGACCCUAUGUUUUCUCCCCCACACGGACUUCUAGGAAGCAACGAGUUAAAAUCUCAUAGCAAUGGAGUGAACUCAGAUCAUCUUCAUUCUCCCCCUAUGACAAUGGAUAACAUCCUUUCUCCUACACAGCGAAGCUGGUCUGCAAUCGUAAACAAUACCUCUCCAGCCUCAUCAUCGUUCACAUCACCUCUUAACUCCACACAAACAGGAUUGAAUAGACUUGUUUCACCACCUUUCUCUCCUCCUUCAAUGUCCCCUCACAUCUCACCCCACACAACACUUGGAAAUGUCUUCACAUUUGACAGACCUACACCUUUUCAGCAGUCACAUAUGACAUCACCCACUCUGAGCCCUGCAAGUCCAUCAUUCCUUCAAGGACAAUUGAAACCAACAGGAGCACGUUUUCCAAGGCACAAUGAAAUUGACCACUCUGAUGAUCCUUUCCUCUUUGAUGAUAGAGAGCAAACUCUAUUUGGUGGAACAUUUAAUCAGAAUCAUGACACAACCUUAGGUGACCUGCGGCUAAGAUAAAGUGCGCAAAAGCAGUCAUUUUUAUCCCUAAAGGAGGAGGAGAUUUUUUUUUAAUUGCUACACCUGCAUCAAGUGGUUUGCUUAUAAGCAGAAAGAUUGAUCAUUAUACAAGUAUCUCGUAUUCUCAGGAAGCUUAUGUGGUGCCACUUCUGCCUGAUAUAUGUACAAUGUGUCACAGUAAUACCAAUCAGGAAUUCAUUGGUUCCUCCAGAAAGAUUUUCAGAGUAUUAACUUUUCAGUGAACAUUGCUUUAUUUGCUGCCAUUAGACAAACAAUACCAGCAUGUUGACUAUGCUGUUAUUUGUAUAUAAGAAAAUUACUGUAAAUAUUACCCCCACAGCUUUGUGGUGCAUGUGAGGGUGUGAUUUAUGUCAGGUGCAAAAGACAACUUGGUUGGAUUUUCCAGGCCUGUUAUUCUACCCAAGUUGCCUUAUUUUACUUUACCUACACAAAGAUUUGAAGGUUGGUGGAAUUGGGUUGUGGCAAACUGUGCUUUACUUCCUUUGCCUGUUAAAAACUGUAACCUUUUGACUCCUAAUUUUGCUUUCACCUUGUAAUUCUUGAACAUACAGACGUAGCCUUAAUUCAAUUUCACACUUUUUUAAAAUUAUUUCCUUUUUUAUUUUUAAGGAAGAGAAGGAGCCAUGCGUAUAGAUGAAAGAUACUAUUAUUAUUAAUUUUUUUCCCCCAAAAUUGUCUUAAAUGGUACUGAGUAGAAGAUGUAGGGGAAAGACAUAGCCUGCAAUUUAUUUCCACACCAGUCAUUAGGAAAGCAAAAUUAAGAGUCAUCAGAGUUUAUGUUGACUACACAUAUUUCAACUGAGUGUCAAAAAUAAUCCAGUAUUGGUGGAUCUUUUAUAUUUGUGUCACUCUGAACCAAUCUGAUGCAAAACUAAAAGAUGCAAUUCUUAAACAAUUGCAAUUUUGUUGCUGGCAAUUCCUCAUGCAUCUGUUAGUUUUCAUGGUUUUACUCUGAUCUUUUAUCUCUAAGUCAUGGUUUCUUUGAUGAGCUGCAGUGACUGCAUUGGUCUGUUUUAAUGACACUUGGUUGAAAAACUCUGUUUCUGUGUUUAUCUUACCUGAUCUGAUGCUGGCUGUGUUAAAUGUAAACAAAACCCUCCACCCUACUUCAAACAGUGACAUGUGACAAGUCUCAUGAUUGUGGCAGACAUAGAAACUGCAUUAAAUGCAGUUGAACUUAUUUUGAAAAGGAAAAAGAUGCUGUAUUUAUAUAACUUCAUCUUAAAGAUGACUUGAUAAUGAACUUACAUCCUGAACGUCAACUAGUUGUUUACCAUGUUUUGUCACAUCAAGGGUUAUAAAAAUCCAGUAAAAUUAUCUUGACUAAGACUUGACUCUCCUGACAGUUUUCAGUUUCAUGCGGCUUUUAUUCAUUUGGGUUACUUUGCUAGUUAUAAUUUAGGUUUGUUAUUAUUUGUUGAUUUGGGGCUUAAUUCAAAUGUUUUGGAUUGUUGCAGGGCGUUUUCAAUCUGCCCUUUUGUCUUAACUUUUUU